AUAUUAUCUUCCCACUUCAAUUCAAUCCCCACUUGUAUUAUAAUUUCUGUCGUUUCAUUUCACCAGAAGAAAUUAAAACCCAAAACUCUCUCCAUUUCUCCCAAACAACCACCAUGUCCCUUACAGACCGCGAAUCGCCGACAUGUACGGAGCUCGGCGGCGGCGGCGGUGGCGCCGGCAAGGGGUUUAUGUUGUUCGGUGUUAGAGUCAUGGAGGGAGCUGCAGGGCCGUUUAGAAAGUGCGCCAGCAUGACCAAUCUAGCUCAAUUUGAUCACCACCCUCAAGAAUCCAACGCCGACGUCAACGCCGGCUAUACUUCCGACGACGUCGUUCAUCCCUCCGCCGGCAGCCGUGAACGGAAAAGAGGUGUGCCGUGGACAGAGGAAGAACACAGGCUAUUUUUACUUGGACUGCAGAAAGUAGGAAAAGGGGAUUGGAGAGGAAUUUCAAGAAAUUUCGUGAAAUCACGUACACCAACUCAAGUCGCCAGCCAUGCCCAGAAGUAUUUUCUCCGGCGGAACAACCACGGCCGCCGCCGCCGUCGUUCUAGCCUCUUCGACAUCACCACCGAUAACGUUUUGGGGGCUACAAAAUUAGAACAACAAAGCAGCACACUAGAGAAACUUCCGGUGGCAGCUUUUCCGAUGACGACAAAGCCAGUAAUACCGCCGCCGGUGAUCGCCGACGAGUCAUCCCAUAAUAACCCGACAAAGCCCACCCGUCCAAUUCCGGUUCUUCCGGCGCCGCCAUCUUCCAAGCUAGCUGAUCUCAAUUUAAACAGGAUAACAAUAGCCGCCGAGCCUCUGCCUUUGUCUCUAAAGCUUCCAACGCCGCCGUCACCGCCGCCAUCGUCGGAGCAGAAGGCUCCGCCGCCAGGGAGACACACGCCGGCGUUUCAGGGAAUGUCCGGUAGCUUUAGCAGCAGUAGCGGCGAUAGCAUCAUUAGCGUGGCUUGAAAACUCAAUUAUUAUAUAUAUUAAAGUAUAUCUGUAUAUUAUAUGUGACUGGGAUAAUAGGGGUUGGAUUCUCACGAGUGAUAAUAGGGGUUGGAUUCUCACGAGUGACAAUUUCCUUUGGACCAGUUCCUGUGCCUCUCAAAGCGAGUUGAAAUUAGUCGAGUCGACUCAGAUCAUUAAACGGAUGGAGAAUGACUCAGAACAUCUCGUGGUUUAUAAAAAAAUAUUAUAUAUGUGAUUAAAAUUUUAAUUUAUAGUGA